AUGUACUUGCAAAAGCUGAGAGUGGUGCAGAUUAACCGAAGAAAAUGCAGCAGGAAGGUGAACCAGCUCUCCAGAAAUAUGCUUUGUGCCUGGAAGGAACCAGGUACCAAGGGCAGAUGCCAGGGAGACAGUGGGGCACCCAUGGUCUGCACUAUGUAUGGAUCCAAGAGGCUCUUCCAAGUGGGUAUCUUCAGCUGGGGCAUAAGAUCUGGUUCCAAGGGAAGGCCUGGUCUGUUUGUGUCUGUGGCUCAAUUUAUUCCAUGGAUCAAAGAGGAAAUGCAAAAGGAAGGGAAAGCAGACACCAUCUCUGGAGUUCUGAGCAGCUCCCUGAUUCAAGUUCCACAGCACUCCUUGUUCCUAGACUUGGGGUCUCAGAUGCUUCUCAUCAUCAUGUUUGCUGGUGAUAAAACAAACCACUAA